AAGGGGACGUUACAUAGCGCGAGGGCUUUAUUUAGUAGCCUACAAAGUGUACUUUUAUAGGGAGGAACAUAUAGAUUUACGAGUGGUCCAGAGGGCAAAGGAACAGAAACGGUCGUCGAAAUGUCGGUAAACAGCCCAAAGCAGACGGUUCUCAAUCCGUCCAUCCCAUUAACAUUAACCAUCCUGGGAGGCCUCCAUCCAGGUGAGAUGGUUGUUAUCCAAGGCUCUGUUCCAGGAGAUGCAGACAGGUUUCAGGUGGAUUUCAUGUGCGGCAGCAGUACUAAACCCAGAGCUGACGUUGCGUUCCACUUUAACCCACGCUUUAAAAAGAACCAAAUUGUGUGCAACACCCUGCAACUCCAGUACUGGGGUAAAGAAGAGAUCCACUAUCUCAUGCCUUUCAGAAAGGGGGCAGAUUUCGAGAUCAUCAUACUGGUGGAGAAAGAUUUGUACAAGGUGGCAGUAAAUGGUGCUCAUGUGCUAGAGUACAGGCACAGAAUAGAUCUGGCCAGGGUGGACACAAUGUCGGUAUCUGGGAAGGUUCAGAUCCAGGCCAUCGGAUUCAUUCCCAGCACGAGUGCUGUCUGUUCAUCAGCUGAGAAGGAGAUCAGUACACAAUCAUUAGCUGUACUAGAUGACUUCGGUGAUUUGGUUGUACUAGAUGACUUCGGUGAUUUGAGUGUUCCUUUUAAGAGAAAGCUAAUAAAGGGCUUGAAGCCAGGACACAUGAUCACAGUCAAGGGUCACAUCGUUAACUAUGCUCACAGCUUCAACGUGAACCUGCGUGUUGGGAACUCGACAGACAUCGCGCUGCACUUAAACCCUCGCCUCAAAUCUGGUCUGUUUAUUCGUAACUCUUACCUGUCUGAGUGCUGGGGUCCAGAAGAGAACACACUGCCAAGCUUUCCCUUCACUCCAGGAGAAUAUUUUGAGAUGAUAAUCCUAUGCGAGGCUCAGCAGUUCAAGGUGGCCGUGAACGGCGCUCAUCAGCUGUCCUACAAGCACCGCGUGCAGGACCUGAGCCGUGUGGACGAGCUGGAGAUCACCGGGGAUGUGCAGCUUCAGGAUGUUAAGAUAUGAUGUGAAAUACGGAGAAGGAUCGAACAGGAUGAUGUAAAGACACGAUUCGGAGUCGACGAGGCUGUGGAACGAUUGAGGAACUGCUCUAUGAUGAAUUUUCUUGUGUUGCGUUAGAAAUGUAGUGUUUGCUCUGUGUGUGUGUGUGUGUGUGUGUGUGUGUGUGUGUGUGUGUGUGUGUGUGUGUGUUUUUGCGUGCUGUAGCAGAACACGAUGCUUCCUCUGUAUGUACGUCACAAACGAUGCAGCAAAUUGAAAUUUCAAAUCAAGUCUUGAAAUGAAUUGAAAUGAAACAAUUUGUGUAAACAGAAUCUUGGCCACACCCCCUCCAAAAAGUCCCCCACCCCCUAUCAGAGACUCACACAAUCCGUGUGUAUAUUCCAUACAAACUUGCAAAUUUAUUGACAAGAUUAUCACUUGUACAAUGGGAAAUCAUCAAAGUCAUAUUUGGCACAUAAAUCACAUCAACAUAACGUGUGAUUCAGACAUAUCAAAAAGAUCUGAUGCAGUAUAAUCACCCAUGUUAAUAAGCCCGCCGUCAUAUUGCCGUAUUGCCAGAACGAUAUUGUCGGCAGAAGCCCAGGGAGAUGUAAAAAGGCAGUGAGAUUGCAUUUACACACCGACCGUCCGUAGCGUUCCACGCCGUAAAACAUCCGUCGUCCGAAUCGUAGACCGCGUGUGAAGAAGAGCGAUGUAUUCUAGUUCUUCCAGAAAUCAUGACGUGCUAUAUCAUAAUAGUGGGACAUCUCGGUUUCUCGCUGACACGAGAAGCACGUUCUUAGGAACAAAGGUCAGUUUUGUCUACAUGUACUCCAUAAAUGACAUCUUAACACGUGAAAAUAUCCUGAAUAAAGGUUCAUUUCGCAAAACAAAGGAAUAAAAACACGGGGAAUGUCGUUAGAGGAAAAUAAUCUACGACGAGACGAGGUGUGACGCCGCACACGCUGAUUUAUUCUUCCACUCGUGUGACCGAUUUUUCAUUUAUUAUUCAGCAUACUUUCCAUUGUCAUACUUAUUUAUCCAUUUAUAGUUCCACCGAACAGAAUGUUUUUAGGAAAAUAAAUGAGCGAAAUGAAUGUAUUUAUCAUCAUAAACAUAUUUCUAGUCUUUUUUUUUUUGGUUUAAAUUUAAAGCUUGUCUUUUAUUUAAUUCUACAAAUAAAUCAGCCAAGUAAAAUUUCCAAAAGAAUCUCAUUUCAAGCUUGUUCAAGCUGUCUGAUUUUCUACUCAGGUUUGUUUUAUUGUUUUUUCCCCCCCCUUUAACUGAGAUAUUUUCACUUGCUAAGAUAUCUUUUGAUUUUAUUCUGGUCCUUUAAUACAGAUUUUAUUUUGAGGCGUAGUGCGAGAGCGCUAAUAGAUCAGCUCUCCUGCGUAAACACACAGACGAGCUGGAAGACCGCUCUUGGUCCUUUAUUCGUUUGAGGCUGUUAGAUCCUGUUGUGGCUGAAAGGUAAACGGUCACUGGAAGUAUUUCACCGUCCUAUAUAUAGAUUAAACUAUGGCUUUUUGCUCUGCGCUUUCCGGGGGUUGUUAGACAGAGCUAAGCUUCACCAGGCCGCGUACCGAAUCCUCGUGCAGCGAGUCCUGGCUGGCCGGAUCGUACAGCUGCGCCAGGUGGGCGGCGCAGGGCAGCACCAUGGCCGGGGAGGGCAUCUCCUCAGGGCUGGCAAAGGCCUCGUGGCUGAGCUGGUGGUGGUGGUGGCAGAGGCUCUCGGGGUCGUGUAAAGCCAAAAGCUCGCCCCCACAACCCAGGCUGGUAGUGGAGGACGGCAGCGAAGGGUGAAGUGAGCAAGGCAUACCCAUCGACGGUUUGACCUGCAAGACAGCGCCCCCGCUCAACAGCACCGGCUGGGCGUGAAGAAGAGGCGUGGUGGCGGCCUGCAAAACGAAUUUGGUGCUCUGGAUGCACUGAUCUUGGUGACACUUGGAAAGGAGAGGAAAGAAAAUCAGGAGAUAUGUUUGACAAGAAACCCAUGUUGCUCUUUAAGAGAACAUUAGCACGUGGUUUAAAAGUUUAACACUGGUUCUGUUCUGAAAAGCUUGGGCUCUGCAGAUCGUCACAGAAUUUGUAGACUCUCCCUGUUAUUUUUGCAAUAUUAAUGCUGGUUAAAUUAAUGUGAUUCGAAAGCCUAUAAAAUGUGGCCAAGGUUUCAGGUGAUUCUGGGUGAGAAAGACUUUCACUGUUUCACCUAAAUUAGCACAAUAGCUUCAGUUCCAAACUAAACAAGCACCUGAAUGAUUCCUUUAAUAAUUAUUGACUUUUGACUCAAAAACACAUCUUACCAUGUGACUCUGGAGCUGAGUUGUAGGACACGCAUUGGUCCCAUUUGACUGAGCUGCUGGCUGAGGGGCAUCUGGUUCUACAAGACCUCUCCUGUCAAUUAAACUGAAGGAGAGAAAGAUGGAGAGAGAGAGAUGGAGAGAGAGACAGGAGCAAUUAGCUGCUUUGAGCAAAAAGAGUGUGUGAGUCAUUGAGUGUGGGUGAACACGGAAGAAUGAAUGAGCUUGAGGGACUCAAGAGGGUCUCUGCCUCUGCCUUCCUGUCCGUGUGUGUGUGUGUGUGUGUGUGUGUGUGUGUGUGUGUGUGUGUGUGUGUGUGUCUGUCUCACAAGGCACUUCCUCCCACUCCACAUGCCCACACAUGGAACAGAUGGCAGCCACUUGUACCAGCCCUGAACCAAGCUCUGUUUUGAUGUGAAACUUACUAAUGGUGUGCAAAACUCUCUUGUGUGUGUGUGCAUGUGUGUGUGUGUGUGUGUGUGUGUGUGUGUGUGUGUGUGUGUGUGUGUGUGUGUGUGUGUGUGUGUGUGUGUGUGUGUGUGUUUGUGUCUCAUAAACCUCCUCUACAUAAAGCAGAGGUGCUGAGGCUCAUUCCAAAAGAUCCUGAUGAUUUUCCACAGCAUAGUUAAGUUUAAACACACCUGGCUCUGAUCUUCAGACGCUUCAGAUUAGGACAGGAAUUAAGCUGCACAGUGUUUAUGCAGGAACCGAGCAGAGCUGCCGUGAUAUAAACUCUAAUCAGUGAGGAAGAGAGAUGAGAAGCACCUGGCAUGUCUGAGAUACAGUCUAACUGUUGACAAGUUCCAGAUGCUCACAUGUUGGGUUAGGAAAUGUUAAAUAUUGAUUAGUGCAUAACAGACUUUUCUCAGAUAUCGGGAUGACAAAAGCAUUUCUGCCAGACUUCAUUUCAGACUUCAGUUUGUAUCUUUGUACUCACACGUGUAUGUUAAUUAAGGUUAUCCGCCUGUAUGUUAGCAAGCACGUUCACGGCACAGCUGGAAAUGAUGAAUAAAAUGUUGCUCAAUCUUCCAGCAAAUGCAGCACAGCUAUAGUCUAACGUGUCAAGAGCCAUCCACUUUUCUUUUCUUCUAAGGGUGCCAUUACUUUUACCAUACAGUAAUUUCAUGUUUUUCUAAUUUUGUCUUCAUUUCUUUGCAUUUGCUGUCUUUCGGUCAUUAAAAUGAAAUGGCUGCAUUUUA